AGGAAAACACUUGUUUCGGAACCACCACUUUCGAAACGAAGUUCUUUGUACGUUUUCCUUUCCCUGAAAUUAGCUCGAACUAAUUUUCAAAACGUGUUUCUUUAACAACAUACAACCUUUCAUACCCUGAGAGGCUUGCUCAAAUCGGUGUUUUGCAACGAAAUUAAGCCACCCGGAAUAAUAAACUACUCAAAUUUAUUGCGCCAAGACGAGAAGAAAAUCAUGGCGAGCUACAACGAAAACGAAUCCAAGUCCACCCCUCAUGGUGGCAAAUUGUACAAGAAGCGCGCAUUCGGAGGAGCGGCUUCUUCCCUAGCGGCGGGGGCCACCGUUGUGCACCUGUUGGCCACGACUGGGACGUCGGUGGACGCUGCGCUGGUGACCACGAACAAGGGCCAGCACACCAGCACCGCGCGCGUGGGCACCUCCGCGAAGACCACCUCCCAGCGCACGAACAAGAAGAAAACCUCCAAGAAGAUCGCGGCACAGGGGACUAUGGCUUGCUCAGAGGAGGGGAUCAUUUUUAGCAUUUCAGUGUAAAAGUAAUAUAUAACUACAAGGCCGUCGCCGUGCAAAGUGAAAGUUCAAGUUGUCUUGCCUGGCCAAGGUCUAUUCAAAGUAUCAAGGUCUACUCCCUGCUGUCCCUCGCAACAUGUUGAAACUGGGUGCUGACCGCAUUUCGUAAGUUUGUGAUGCUGGUACGCACGAGGACCACGGCGAGUGAGCGAGACAGAUCGUCGUCCGCAGUUUGCAUCACGAAUAAUUGUCGCAGUCGAGAUGGUAAAAAUAUUGGUAUUCUCAUCUGAGCACGCUAUACAGAAAACUCACCGUGUGCUGGUGGAGCACGAGGAGAAGAAGAAUUUGCGCGCUGGCGGAAAGAGCAAAAUGCACGAAAACGUGAAUCUCGAAGAAGCUGGCGCAGACCCGACGUCCUUCUCCUUCAUGAAAGCGUACUGUGACAAUAUUACAAUGAAAAAUGCCUCCACCCCCGAACUUGGGAGAAUUUGUAUUGCAAACCUUUCCAAAUAUAACAUUCGCCCUCUUGCAUCUAUCAGCAUCACAGGUUUCCAAUCGUGAAUAGCAAAAAUUUGCAUUGCAAAAAACCCCAGCAGGAGCGGCGCUUGUCAUGCAAGCGAUGCGAUACACGCCUUAGCUCUGCAUCAGAAAGAUUCAAACUCCUUUCAUGCAUGACAAAAACUUUUCAUUUGGAAACUUCGCAUUACAAAUUUUUGCAAUUUCAGGGGUGGGGGGCAUUUUUCACUGUAAUAAGCAAUCAGACAACGGAGGACACCUGCCAAUUGGACGCGUCAAAAAACACUGAUAAUCCUGUCAGUUGCCUGUGGCAGUGGAACGGUACCGCUAAUGCCGGCAACGGAACGCAUUUCUGCCAGUGGUCGGGACAGCUGCUGUUCGACGAAAAGAUUGGCAAUCCGCUUUGCGCUGCCGGAUAUCCCACAGAAAAAGACAGGCAGGGCAUGAUAUUUGUAAAGGCAAAAGAACGAUGUAGAUGAAGCACACAAAAAAGAACGCUCUUGUUGCGCGCCUUGAACAGCAUGCGAUGACGAGCUUGCCCAUGACAGAUUUUUGUGUUAAGUACAUAAGUAGUUAUUUUUUGCGUUGCAAAUAUGGAUAUGUAUAUGCCCUGCUUGCUUUUUUCUGUAUGAUACCGCAUUCGCGUUGAAGGGAGAGAAAGAGUGCACGGGAAAUCUGUUCGACGACUUUCGGCAGUGGUACGGGACUCUCAAACGUUACACUCUCAAAGCUGUUACAUGAAUAAUUUGUGCUGCAAGAACAGAAAAAGCGAAGGCGAACGGAACGGAGGGAGCUUGCGGUUUAAAUGCAUAUACAACUACAGGUUUCUUGGCGCAGAUUUUGAUUUUAUUUGGCGCGUCGAUAACUUGUCACGCGAAGGAGCAGCUUGAUCGUGGAGAUAAAGAUAUGAAUGGCAAGAAUGCUGCGUGAGAAAUCGUCCGUGUAACAGUUGAGAGCGUAACGUUUGAAAACCCGAUAAGUGGCUGCGAGACCCGGACGGCAUGAUGUACGCGCAGUUCGAUUGUCGUGCCGUGGAAAGUAGCGCGGGAGAAAAAGCGUGCGUUUCCGUGCACAGCGAGAGCGACGAUUACCAGAUGUUCACAGCCAUGGGCGUUGGUGGGGGCGCGAACAAUCCGCAAGUGCCCGACUUGUCUGCGUUCGACUCUUUGGUCUCAUUCCCGUUGGAAGGAGGGUGCAAAAGCGCGGGCACGACCAAAAUUGAGUGCGAGGAAACGGACGUGGACAACGAUGGCACAGUCGACUGUCAGCUGGGGGAGACGAUCGAAGGGGCGAUUCUGCUCCCGCUCCAGGAAAAUCCGCAAUCGCUGCCGGAGAACGUCAUUUUGCUGGAGUUGGGAUCAUCUUCAUCCUCGCGGCGGAGUACUAAAACCGGCGCCAUGCCUCCCCCGCAGUGCUACAGCGGUCAGCGGCUGAUGGCCGCUCUGCUGGGUUUAUCCUGUGCAAAAGCAGUAUUCGUAUUGCAAUCAUGCAUUACAAAUCUUUUUGUUAACGUUAAGUCAAAUCCGCAUUACAAAUUUUAUUUCUCAUGCUGAGGAAACUUGUAAUGCAUUUAUACGAGUACGAUACUUUUGCAAUGCAUAGGGUUGCCCGGCGUACGGCGGCGGCACGGGGGCCGCAGGGAAGGACAUGUGCGAAACCGCGCUUGCGUCGUCCUGCAAGGCUACCUUCGACGAUGCCAUCCCGAUGGUCGACGGAAAGUGGAACCUCACUGCGUACCCAGAGCAGACCAUCAAGUGCGUGUCGAAGCUGCCCAACCCGUAUCAAAAUGAAAAAUCCCCCCUCCUCAUAUCAAAGUGGAAACAACUUCUGAUGCUGAUUUGUGUAAACCAAAUCCGACUUGUCUUGCAGUAGUACGGCACUCCUGCCAGAUGUCUGGCAGCCUGGGUCGUGGCAGCGCUCAGGUCUAGUUGUUCAGCAUUGCAAACGGCUACCCUCUAGGACCAACAGCAUGCCAAAGCGCUUCACAAUUGGGCGGAUGCAGCCUCUGCACUUGUCGGCUUGCAAGACGCGGCUGAUUUGUGGUCACAAAUCAGCAACAAAAACAUAUCUUUUCAAUAUGGGGAGGGGGGAUUUUUUCUCUCAAUAACCCGAAGCCUAUGUUCGGUGCGAAAGGAGAGAAAAAUGAUACCAUCAUCACUCCGAGCCCCCCCUUGACCCCGACGUCCUUCUCCUUCAUGAAAGCGUACUGUGACAAUAUUACAAUGAAAAAUGCCUCCACCCCCGAACUUGGGAGAAUUUGUAUUGCAAACCUUUCCAAAUAUAACAUUCGCCCUCUUGCAUCUAUCAGCAUCACAGGUUUCCAAUCGUGAAUAGCAAAAAUUUGCAUUGCAAAAAACCCCAGCAGGAGCGGCGCUUGUCAUGCAAGCGAUGCGAUACACGCCUUAGCUCUGCAUCAGAAAGAUUCAAACUCCUUUCAUGCAUGACAAAAACUUUUCAUUUGGAAACUUCGCAUUACAAAUUUUUGCAAUUUCAGGGGUGGGGGGCAUUUUUCACUGUAAUAAGCAAUCAGACAACGGAGGACACCUGCCAAUUGGACGCGUCAAAAAACACUGAUAAUCCUGUCAGUUGCCUGUGGCAGUGGAACGGUACCGCUAAUGCCGGCAACGGAACGCAUUUCUGCCAGUGGUCGGGACAGCUGCUGUUCGACGAAAAGAUUGGCAAUCCGCUUUGCGCUGCCGGAUAUCCCACAGAAAAAGACAGGCAGGGCAUGAUAUUUGUAAAGGCAAAAGAACGAUGUAGAUGAAGCACACAAAAAAGAACGCUCUUGUUGCGCGCCUUGAACAGCAUGCGAUGACGAGCUUGCCCAUGACAGAUUUUUGUGUUAAGUACAUAAGUAGUUAUUUUUUGCGUUGCAAAUAUGGAUAUGCAUAUGCCCUGCUUGCUUUUUUCUGUAUGAUACCGCAUUCGCGUUGAAGGGAGAGAAAGAGUGCACGGGAAAUCUGUUCGACGACUUUCGGCAGUGGUACGGGACUCUCAAACGUUACACUCUCAAAGCUGUUACAUGAAUAAUUUGUGCUGCAAGAACAGAAAAAGCGAAGGCGAACGGAACGGAGGGAGCUUGCGGUUUAAAUGCAUAUACAACUACAGGUUUCUUGGCGCAGAUUUUGAUUUUAUUUGGCGCGUCGAUAACUUGUCACGCGAAGGAGCAGCUUGAUCGUGGAGAUAAAGAUAUGAAUGGCAAGAAUGCUGCGUGAGAAAUCGUCCGUGUAACAGUUGAGAGCGUAACGUUUGAAAACCCGAUAAGUGGCUGCGAGACCCGGACGGCAUGAUGUACGCGCAGUUCGAUUGUCGUGCCGUGGAAAGUAGCGCGGGAGAAAAAGCGUGCGUUUCCGUGCACAGCGAGAGCGACGAUUACCAGAUGUUCACAGCCAUGGGCGUUGGUGGGGGCGCGAACAAUCCGCAAGUGCCCGACUUGUCUGCGUUCGACUCUUUGGUCUCAUUCCCGUUGGAAGGAGGGUGCAAAAGCGCGGGCACGACCAAAAUUGAGUGCGAGGAAACGGACGUGGACAACGAUGGCACAGUCGACUGUCAGCUGGGGGAGACGAUCGAAGGGGCGAUUCUGCUCCCGCUCCAGGAAAAUCCGCAAUCGCUGCCGGAGAACGUCAUUUUGCUGGAGUUGGGAUCAUCUUCAUCCUCGCGGCGGAGUACUAAAACCGGCGCCAUGCCUCCCCCGCAGUGCUACAGCGGUCAGCGGCUGAUGGCCGCUCUGCUGGGUUUAUCCUGUGCAAAAGCAGUAUUCGUAUUGCAAUCAUGCAUUACAAAUCUUUUUGUUAACGUUAAGUCAAAUCCGCAUUACAAAUUUUAUUUCUCAUGCUGAGGAAACUUGUAAUGCAUUUAUACGAGUACGAUACUUUUGCAAUGCAUAGGGUUGCCCGGCGUACGGCGGCGGCACGGGGGCCGCAGGGAAGGACAUGUGCGAAACCGCGCUUGCGUCGUCCUGCAAGGCUACCUUCGACGAUGCCAUCCCGAUGGUCGACGGAAAGUGGAACCUCACUGCGUACCCAGAGCAGACCAUCAAGUGCGUGUCGAAGCUGCCCAACCCGUAUCAAAAUGAAAAAUCCCCCCUCCUCAUAUCAAAGUGGAAACAACUUCUGAUGCUGAUUUGUGUAAACCAAAUCCGACUUGUCUUGCAGUAGUACGGCACUCCUGCCAGAUGUCUGGCAGCCUGGGUCGUGGCAGCGCUCAGGUCUAGUUGUUCAGCAUUGCAAACGGCUACCCUCUAGGACCAACAGCAUGCCAAAGCGCUUCACAAUUGGGCGGAUGCAGCCUCUGCACUUGUCGGCUUGCAAGACGCGGCUGAUUUGUGGUCACAAAUCAGCAACAAAAACAUAUCUUUUCAAUAUGGGGAGGGGGGAUUUUUUCUCUCAAUAACCCGAAGCCUAUGUUCGGUGCGAAAGGAGAGAAAAAUGAUACCAUCAUCACUCCGAGCCCCCCCUUGACGCCCUGUGCAAGGUGGACAACGGAAAACGAGUGCAAGACCGAUUCCCCUUUGUCGUGCUCCUGGGACAACAAGAACAAUGUCUGCAAGCCGAAAGAUGAGAUCAAAACACCGACUGAAUGCCGCGACGUCAACACCGCGGAUGCCAUUGCAGCGGAAAAGACGUGCAACGGUCUGACGAGGGAGCACAUGGGCAUGACGUUUCAGAAGUGUGUGUGGGGCGACGCGAAUACGCUGGAAAAGGGCUGGAUGGUGAACACCGCGCAAUUUAGUGGGAAGUGCUUCGAGGCGGAGAAAGUGCAUGACGCGCAUUUCGGAUGUCUAUGCAGUGCAAAAGUAUCGUACUCGUAUAGAUGCAUUACAAAUUUCCUCAGCGUGAAAAAUGAGAUUUGUAAUGCUGAUUUGCCUUCAGAGAGAGAUUUGUAAUGCAUGAUUGCAAUUACUACGAGUGCGAUACUUUUGCACAGGAUAAUGUCCAGAGCGGAGCAACAUGGGCGCGACUACGGCGGAGAAGGUGAAAAACUGCAUUUCGGGCCUCGUCAAAGGUGGUGGUGUCUGUCAGGCGAACUCGAAUGACAUCGAUGCGGGUACUGAUAUGCCCACCGAGACCGCGGACAUUUCCUGCACGUCCAGGCUUCCGGAGUGGCAGGAAGCCUACGGUCCGGGCAGGCUGCCAUCUGUUUAUGGGAUACAUCUCAUCUCAGCUGUUACAUUCUCCACUGUUACAUGAUUUUUUUUCAUGCAAAACUUGUACUACCAGAAUCCGCCAGGCGAUCAAGCUGGAGCGACAACAACUUCGCAUGACAAACUCUCGAAGGCCGCGGCUUCUAAACCGCAUCGACAUUUUUAUCUGUGCCAAAUUUGUGUCGCUAAGUAGAUUCACUGUUGAAGUUGAAGAUGCUGUUCUUGCAUGAGACAUCCAAUUUGUGCAACAGUUUCAGAGUGUAACUUUUGCAAAUCCCUCCAUACAACUGUCGAAGGAUGCAGCCUUCUCGAUGUCCCGGCGGUUCCAAUUGAACACCUGGCGAAAGCUAUCCAAGAAACAAACGUUGUUAGUGUAAAUCUGUGAUGCAGAAAAUGCAAAACAGUUCGCACUUGUCAUGCUGAGUGUGCAGCAUAGGCCACUUUCAUACGUGUUUGCACGUACUAGCUGCGCAUGACAGAUUUUUCCUGUAAAUGCAAAACGAAUUUGUGAUGCUGCUCUUCCUACAAAGUUACACUUACACAGUUUUUUUCCUGGAUAAAAGCGGUGGAGAUGGCUGGCAGCGACGCGAGGGCGCUCAGGGCCCACCUCAUGACCAUUUUUGGUAUUGCGGAAGCGGAUGUGCAGGUGGCGGUACUCCGCGGGACCCCGCGGGACCCGCCGGCGGCUGGCGAACAAGAACGACCCCAAGGGGCCGCGCCGGGCCGGGGCGAACUCCCCACGGGGACCGGGCCGCGGGACCCGGCGAAGAGCCCCGCGCCGUGGACCAGGCCGAUUGGGUGCAUAUGGCGUUCUCAAACGUCACAUUCUCAACCGUUACACGAAUUUGUCAUGCAAGAACAGCAAACGUCGAAGGGGUGACCUUGUUGCGCGUCUUGCAUUACAGACUUGGCACAAAUUGCGAUGCUAUGAAUUUAGCUUGCCGACGAGAACAAUUUUUCAUGCGAAGAAGCUUGAUCGUGAGAAGCGUGAUAGUGCUUCUGCAUGACAAAUUCAUGCAAGAACAGUUAAGAGUGUAACGUUUGAGAGUCCCAUAGUGCAGCCUGCUCAAAGGCGGCGUGGACAUGACGGCGGAAGCUGGUGACGGUGAGGCUCUGCUGGUUGAAAGCGUCAUCGCAAGCUUCGCGGCCCUGGUUGCGGACGAGGAACUUGACGAAUUCAAUGGACUUGACGCACUACAGCAAACCGUGCACGCUUUGGAGCAAGCCGGUAGUACCGGGACUCCGAUCACUUACACGCACGACGAGUGCUUCGCCGUCACCCUCCAGUACGAGCAAUCGCCGCUUAUGCAGUGCAAGAUAAGUAUCCGAUACUCGUAUAAAUGCAUUAAGUACAAAUUUCCUUAGCGUGAGAAAUAAAAUUUGUAAUGCGGAUUCACCUUUAGAAGAAGAUUUGUAAUGCGUGACUGCAAUUACUACGAGUGCGAUAUUACUUUUGCAAUGCAUACCGCUGGACCUGGAAGAGUUUUGCCCCACCUCCAGCAACUGCAAGUUUGU